AUGCUUCUGCUUUUAGGCGAGUAUAUGAUUGUUGUCACGGACAGGAUAAAGGUCGGACGGAUGGGCGAACACGACAUCUUCAAGCUCAAAGACUACAAGAUCAUGCCGUUCUCGCGCAACUACCUUGCCUUGUCAGAAGCACAGACGAACGAAGAGACGACAUUCAUCGCCCUGCUUCACCAGCAUCUUCAGUCCAGCCAAUUCCACUUUUCAUACGGCUACGAGAUCACCCACACCCUCCAACGCCAAUCGGAAUUCAGAGGCGACACUCGACCUAUCUGGGAGCGGGCGGACGAACGGUUUUUCUGGAACUACCGUUUGCAAUCAAAAUUCAUUGACCAUAUGAGAGCACACAAGAACCAGGAUUUGAGCAGGUUUAUCCUGCCUAUCAUGAAUGGCUUCGCAGAGUUCAGGGCAGCAGAGAUCAACAAAAGGGCAUUCACCUUUGUCCUCAUCUCACGCAGGUCGCGUCAUAGAGCAGGAACACGCUACUUUUCACGCGGAAUCGAUGCACAAGGGAAUGUUUCCAACUUUAACGAGACAGAGCAUAUUGUCAUUUUGGAUCCGGUGACAAACGCCCUGAUCCCCAGCAAUCGAACUGUCAUGGCCCACGUCCAGACGCGAGGCUCGAUUCCAAUAUAUUGGACUCAAAUUAACAACAUCAAGUACACCCCCAAGCUACAGAUCUUUGACAAUCCUGACACUGAAACAGCUUUCAGGAAGCAUUUUGACACGCAGAAACGGUACUAUGGCCCACAGCUCGUCAUCAACCUAAUCAACAAGAAAGGAUACGAAGCACCGAUGGGUGCGGCAUUCUCCAAACAAAUCGACAUAUUGAACGACCCUCAGAUCAAGUACUUCAGGGCUGAGUUGGGGAUCUCUGGGGCAGGAAUCUUGAGAGUGUACCAGAAACAGACGUCAGUGGUGCGCACCAAUUGCAUGGAUUGUUUAGACAGGACCAACGUCGUCCAGUCUGUGAUCUCUCGUUGGGUUCUAAAUCGUCAGCUGCACUCAGUGGGCGUCCUUGCUUCAGGCGAGCAAUUCGAUUCUCAAGAGGAGUUUGAGUCUAUAUUCCGGAAUGUUUGGGCCGACAACGCCGAUGUCGACGCGUACGACUUGUUUCUUGGAGUGUUCGAUCUUCAAGAGGCUGGGUCUGCGCCCAUCGUGGAGGGUCAGGCGCUCAUUCUCAAGGCACUGCCCAUUAUUCUGCUCGUUUGUUUCGCGAUGCUCACUACAUGCGCCAUUGUCCCAGAAACGAUAUUCAGUACAUACGUGCUUUUGUUUGCGUCCUUUUGGAUCGCGUUGAUGGCCUAUGUUACAAAGACCAUCGUCGAAAAUGGAGUCCAUUACGUGAACUGGCCAAGACUAGUCCCGUUGGCCUUUGACCUUCCUGAGAAUCACUUUCCUGGAAUCUCCGAGGCGAAGUUGGAUACGGGCGAAGUCGAGCUUGGAUGGAAGAAUGAAUAA